AUGUACGAGGUCCGACACCACGAGAACGCCUGCCCCCUGGUGCAACAAGUCAGUGCGAAACGGUGGCCGGCCACCACGCUGGCGGACACUGACCUAAACGUCACGGGGGAAGUGCGCCGUGCAGUAGAGGCGUGCACAGGGGAGCUCGAUAAGAAGGGUAAGCCCACGGAGAUUGCAAAGCUAAUCGACUUCACCGGGCAGGCGAACAUCUUGCGCGAGAUCGAAACCCCAGAGCAGCCCGCGCAGGACCUCCAGACUGAGUAUUGCAACAUUGUGAGAGAGGUCUGCAGCUGGUCGGACUUCGACAUCACGCCGGACCUUCCGAACCUGCCCGAGCUGUACGCGGACUCCACGUUGCCCCGCCCCCGCAGCUGGCGGAUCCGCGAGAUCAGGUGUGCGUGCAUCCCCUGUCUCCGAACAAACUCGCUUAGGCCGAAGAAGCUUGGCUCACUCCGCCUCGCGUUCAUCCACAUGCGAGUCAACCAGCAGCAGGCCACAGAGGAAAAGUUUGCGGCGGCGUUUGCACCCCCGCCCCCGCCACCGCAGCCACAAAGACCGCUGCCAAAGCGCAAGCACAAUGACACCCCGCCGCGGGUCAAGCAGGCGCUCGAGCUGCGGGGGGCAAGCAAGUCCCUCCCGGCGGGGGUCACUUACAACAAGAAAACGCAGAAGCUGUUAGUGACGGUCCGAGUGAAGAUGGACGACGACGGGGAGACCUACCCACUGAGCAAAGUGGUCGACCCGGAAUUGUCCGCAACGGCCGAGGAGGCGCUGGAGGCCGCACAGCAAGCCCGCAAGGACGUGCUUGCGAACUACCGCGAGCGGGUCGACGCCAUCCGGGCGCAACGCGCGCAGCGAGCUGAGGCCCCCGCCCCGCCGCUCGGGGGUCUCGCACAAUGA